AUGUCCUUAAGACCACUCAUGGUCGACGACAAGACGUCUGAUCCGUACCCGAUUGGCAAGCAGCUAGAGCUGGGGGCAUACAAAUACUGCGCCCGGGGUGCCCCGAAGAUCAAGUUCGUGGUGGACGUGGUGGACUGCGCCCGUCUGAAUGCCGGGGCCCUGAGCAGCUUCAUGCACUACAUUUGA